GAGGUUGUCACAGCUGGGUAGUUGGCUCUCUUCAAGUUAAGCAACAGGGGAACAUCGGGAGCGAGCAAGUUGCUGCACGGAUUUCCCGGAGCUCCACAUAACUUAAGAUCCACAAUGCUGAGAAGAGGAUGAAUCCUCCAGGUCAUCUGAGACAGCCAAGUGUCGUUGCUGCUGUCCCUCUGCGACAGUCCUCAGGUCCCACUGGGGUACCAUCUGCUUCCCCUCACCCCCUCCUUUGUCCGUGUCCGGAUCCUUCCCCCCUCCCCUGCCCCCAGUAGUGACCAUCCCAGAGGGGAGGAAAGGCGACCCAGCCUCUGUAAAUAUGCCUGGAUGGAGGUCUCAGUGGCGUCUCAUUCUGCUGAACUCCCUGACCUGUGGCCUGGAGAUCUGUGUGGCAGCUGGGAUUACAUACGUUCCCCCGCUGCUGCUGGAGGCUGGAGUAGAGGAGCAGUAUAUGACCAUGGUGCUAGGUAUUGGGCCGGUGCUUGGCCUGCUGUUCAUCCCUCUGAUUGGAUCAGCCAGUGACCAGUGCAACAGCAGUUAUGGCAGAAGGCGGCCUUUCAUCUGGCUGUUUUCCCUGGGAGUCCUUCUGGCACUUUUCAUUAUUCCCCACGCUGACAUCCUGGCAGCCCAUGUUGCCUGGGGUGGCCGCACCCUCCAGGUGGGCUUCCUUAUCCUUGGUGUUGGGCUCCUUGACUUCUGCGGACAAGUGUGCUUCACACCACUGGAGGCUCUUCUGUCAGACUUAUACCGGGAUGAGGAGGACUGCAGCCAAGCUUUUGCCAUGUUCUCCUUCAUGGUGAGCUUGGGAGGCUGUGUGGGCUAUUUGCUACCUGCACUGGACUGGAGUCAUGGCCUGCUCUCCGUUUACCUAGGAGGUCAGGCUGAGUGCCUCUUUUCCCUCCUCAUCCUCAUCUUCAUCUGCAGUGUGCUCAUCACCAUGAAGGUGUCAGAGGAACCCUCGUGUGCCAGCAGCACAUUGGCAGGAUCAGGAUCUUCACUGGAGUCGGGGACUGGUGUAAUGGAGGCCGGCCGGUGCAGUGUGCCGCGCUCGUGCUGCUACCUGCUGAAGUGCAAGCUGAGGCUGCUCAAAUCUGGACCCCUGAUGUGUUUACUGAGAUCAUGCUGGUCCAUGACCCCAGCCAUCUACAGGAGCUACUGCCAUGUCCCACGGGUGAUGAGGCAGCUGUGUGUGGCUCAGCUCUGCAGCUGGAUGGCUGUCAUGUCUUUUAUGCUUUUCUACACAGACUUUGUGGGUGAAGGCCUCUACGAGGGCGUUCCCAGUGCAUUACCAGGGAGUGUGUCCAGACAAAGAUACGAUGAAGGAAUCCGUAUGGGAAGUAUGGGCCUGUUCCUGCAGUGUGCUACCUCAACCUUUUUCUCUCUGGUUAUGAGUCGUUUGGUACGGCAUUUGGGAUCCCGAUGGGUCUACCUGAGCAGCAUGGUGAGCUUCACCAUCUCUGCUUUGGUCAUCUGUCUGUCCAAAAGUGUUGUCUUGGUCACUGUAAUGGCAGCUCUCACUGGCUAUGCAUAUGCGAUGCUGCAGACCCUCCCUUACACACUCACCUGCCAUUACCACAAGGAGAAAGAGGUCUAUAUGCCAAAAAAAGUAACCAAAAGCAGACAUAAAAAUGGCAUAACAGCCAUGCGGGACUCUGUGUAUUUGACUCCUGUGGAAGAAGAGGGUGGAUUGAACCCCAAAGCAGAGCCUCCUUACAGGCACUCCUUCUUCAGCCAGGAGAGUUACGAGUACUACCCCAACCCACAAAGCCAAAAUGGCUCGUCUCACAGCUCCAGUGUUGCUGAGCAGGAUGAAGCCGAGUUUGGCUAUGAGAAACGCGGUGUGGGCUUAGAUUUUGCCAUCUUAGACAGCACCUUUCUCCUCUCUCAGGUUUUCCCCACCCUCUUCAUGGGCAUGAUUGUUCAGUUUGCACAGUCUGUCACUGCCUAUAUUGCUUGCUCUGCCAUCUUUGGAGCCGUUGCUAUCUACCUGGCCAGUCAAAUUGUCUUUGACCAGAAGGACCUCAGAAGCUGAGACUUUGGAUGCAAUAGAUGACAGAGUGAUGGGAUUGCAAAUAAUCAAACAUUCAGGUUCCAUGAGUGGAACUCAGUGCACUACUGUUCCCAGACUGCCUUUUGCUCGUAACAUCUUUUUUUUUUUUUUUUUUUUUUUGCUUUUAUGAAAGCUCAGCAUUAAGGUAUAUCUGUUAGCAUGUGACAGGCUGUGUGAAACUGGCUUAGAGAAAAUCAAGUCAGGAACCAUGCUUUCUGCCAGUGGUUUGUAGUUGCCAUGUCAUAACAGGAAUUGUUACCUGCUACCGAAAGAGUCAACACCUGCUCAGGUCAGGUGAGGUACACUGUGUACUGAAACCUAUUGAAUUCAAUAGAUACGUCAUGAUAUAAUUUCUGUCCAUCUUUUUCCUCAGGUACCUUCAAACAGAUUUACUGUAUAACCCAUCAACCUCAAACACACAUCUACUAACUUUUCUAUAUUUUUUAAAUUAUCUUAAGCCAAGCUAUCCACAGUUUUAUACAGUACAGUCUGUUUUAGUCUUUGCUCAUAUAGACUCAUCUUCACCAUCACUAAGGCAUUUUCCAUACUGGUUAUCAUCUUAAUGAUAUGUAAAAUUAAAUUAGUGGGUAAACUAAUUUUCAAGGUGGGGGUGGUGGUCCUCAAGCAUAUUAAUGCAAAAUAGAAAAGAUAGAUUUUCUUCACAAAUGUGCUACUUCAUUAAUUAAUUUGAGACCUUCUAGAGAGGUAUUAAAAAAAGUAAAUGCCUUGCCAUUUAGUCUCUACAAUUAUGCAACUCUGUAUGAUCUCUUAUUAGACCUUCCUUUCCUGCUAAAUGUCAUCAUCUUUCAAACCUGAUUCCUCCAGUUUUCAAUGGAGCUUUUUCUGUUAAAUAUGGCAUCAUCAUUCAUGCUUGACUAGUUUCCACCAUGAGUAAACUAACUUUAUGUUUUAUGUGGUAAGCCACCAAUAUAUAUUGGUAAGCCACAGGGAUCUGGUGGUUCUGUUGGGCCACCAGUGUUAGUUUGUGGGUGUAUGCUGUUCCGAGUGAUCACCGUCAUCCUUUGAUGAAACAAUUUUGUUCUAAUGGGAUUGGUCAUAUCCAGGAUGUCAGUGCCCCCAACCAUAGUGGCAUGUGGGGGUCACUGAAUGGUGAAAAUAUGAAUAAUUUCCUUCAGUCACCAGAUCUCAUCCUUGUUUACUGCCAGUGGGAGAUUUUGUACCAGUGGUAGAUGGCACUCUACUGCACCAUCAUGGUGUUUCAUCCCUCUAGUGUAGUUCCAAAGACUUGGAGAGGCAGUGCCAAGGCCUGUUCUGGCCCAAAGCCUUAUUAAGAGACUGUAUUUUAUUUUCCUGAAAUAUGUCAUCAGUCAGUGAGCUAUACUUUGCCCCUAUUCCUCCCCUCCCAAUCUAGUGCCAUCUAUUAGUGCAGUUUACUGCGAAUAUUUGUAAAUGUUGAUACAGUAUAAUCCCUAUGGGAAUUUGUUAUGUAACAUGCUGAGGUGAAGUUGCUGACUAUGAUGAUUUAGGAAUUGGGCUAUUUAGCUGAAUUGGGAACAUUGUGUCAAAUGUCCUUUGUGUAGAUAAUCAAGAAAUGUCAUCUAGUUUAGUGGACUGCUUAUCCUUUCAAAUUAUGCUUCUGACCAGGAAAUCUAUCUCAGAUUUGUACUUGUUUUUAAGAUCCCAUACUAAUAACACACUUUCCCUAUUGCCUAAACCCCAUUUAAGUGUAUUUUUUUAAAAUGACAAUCUAGGACAUCCAGAUGGGCUUAUUAUAUAAGGCCAGACGUGAACAGUAAACACGCAGGGUGAUGUCUUCUGGAUGCCCACCUCAUAGCAGCUGUUCUGGAAAAUGUCUCCCAAAAAAGUUAUACUGUGCAUUUGGUUACCGAAAAGCAUGCAAGUGUGAGAAAUGAAGGCCAUGUUGAGUAAGUGUGUGUGUGUGUGUGUGUGUGUGUGUGUGUGUGUGUGUGUGUGUGUGUGUGUGUGUGUGUGUGUGUGUGUGUGUGUGUGUGUGUGUGUAUGCAUAACACGGAGGACAGAUUGUAAGAAAUCAUGAGUAAGUGUGAGGGUAAUAAGUGAUAUGACUCAAACUAAUGCAGUUUUUUCACUGCAUUGACUUAGACUAUCCUGAGUAAUGCUUUACAUCACAAAGCAUCGUCUUUUAGUUGAGUUCUUUAAAGUGGCCAAAUGAUAUUUGUAUCACAACUAGUGAGUUCUUAUUGAGAAUUUGUUGUAUCCUUUCUGUCUGUUCUCACACAAGAGGUAGCAAAUUGUGUUCAGUAGCUACAAAUAGUCCAGAAGGAUCAGAUUUCCUGCAUUGUACUGAGUUUUGGAAGACCAGAAAUUUUGUCAUGUUGACAUUAAUGCCAAGUAGAACACUCAAGCAAUCAGUGUAUCCUUUUCUCCCUGAAACAUAAAAAAAAUGUCUAGCAUUAACUGAAAUGUCAAAGGUUGUUUUACAAGUGCCUGUACAUUUUUUUUUACCAAACAUGUUUUGUACAUAUGUGUUUAUUUAUUAUGCUUUUAUUACAACAUAGCAAGUAUUAAACCUAUUGGACUCUUUUGGCAUCUGUCAUAGGUGCAAGGGUGAAGGCUCUUUCUGUGAAAAAAAAAUAAAUUAUUUGUAUAGAUACGUUAUAGAAGCAUCCUCAAAGCUAUAAUUUAUUUUAAUAUUUUAAUAUUACCCGCUUUACCCUCUCUGUUGGCUUUGGUGACAUUGCAGAACCUGUUGCUGAUGCCUUUUAUGCCCACGACACAAGCAAGAUGGAUUGAAUUUCCUUUUCUAUUUUCAUGCUUCAAAUAAUAAAUCUUGUCCUUUGUCAGUAGUGAUUCAUCAGGGUCAUAUGUAACCACUGUUUCUUCUUAUCAGAGGUCAAUUAUAUUGUUUACCUUAAUUACAGAUAAAUGUAACUGGAUGGGUGGAGUCUUUUUCACUCUCUUAUGCCCUCAACCAAAUGUGUGUUUUUUUUUUUUUUUAACAAAGUGCCAAGAAAGAGUGAUGUAAGGCCAGAAGUUGCUGUUUUUGAUUUUCCGUUUCAUCACGACUGAAGUUACUUAUUUCACUUUCAUCAUUCAGCCAUAACAAGAUGUACGUCAUUUUCAUUGUACACCUAUCAUACUGUGUGUAA